CAGACCGCGAGGGGAGACGGUGCGGGCGGCCGGGAGCGCAGCCACCCGGGGAGGCCGGCCAUGGCCUCGGGGCCGCCCGGGGAGCGGCUGCGCGAGGAGGCGCGGUGCCCGGUGUGCCUGGAUUUCCUGCAGGAGCCGGUCAGCGUGGACUGCGGCCACAGCUUCUGCCUCAGGUGCAUCUCCGAGUUCUGCGAGAAGUCGGAUGUCGCGCAGGGCGGCGUCUACGCCUGUCCGCAGUGCCGGGGCCCCUUCCGGCCCGCGGGCUUCCGCCCCAACCGGCAGCUGGCGGGCCUGGUGGACAGCGUGCGGCGGCUGGGGCUGGGCGCGGGGCCCGGGGCGCGGCGGUGCGCGCGGCACGGCGAGGAGCUGAGCCGCUUCUGCGAGGAGGACCAGGCGGCGCUGUGCUGGGUGUGCGACGCCGGCCCGGACCACAGGACGCACCGCACGGCGCCGCUGCGGGAGGCCGCCGGCCGCUACCAGGUAAAGCUCCAGAUGGCUCUGGAACUUGUGAGGAAAGAGCUGGAGGAUGCCUUGACUCAGGAGGCCAGUGUGGGGAAAAAGACUGUCAUUUGGAAGGAGAAAGUGGAAAUGCAGAGGCAGCGCUUCAGGUUGGAGUUUGAGAAGCAUCGUGGCUUUCUGGCCCAGGAGGAGCAACUGCAGCUAAGGCGGCUGGAGGCGGAGGAGCGAGCGACGCUGCAGAGACUGCGGGAGAGCAAGAGCCGGCUGGUCCAGCAGAGCAAGGCCCUGAAGGAGCUGGCAGAUGAGCUGCAGGAGAGGUGCCAGCGCCAGGCCCUGGGUCUGCUGGAGGGUGUGAGAGGAGUCCUGAGCAGAAGUAAGGCUGUCACAAGGCUGGAAGCGGAGAGCAUCCCCAUGGAACUGAAGACAGCGUGCCGCAUCCCUGGGAGGAGGGAACUGUUGAGGAAGUUCCAAGUGGAUGUAAAGCUGGAUCCCGCCACGGCGCACCCGAGUCUGCUCUUGACCGCCGACCUGCGCAGUGUGCAGGAUGGAGAACUGUGGAGGGAUGUCCCCAACAACCCUGAGCGAUUUGACACGUGGCCCUGCAUCCUGGGUUUGCAGAGCUUCUCAUCUGGGAGGCAUUACUGGGAGGUUCUGGUGGAAGAAAGAGCAGAGUGGGGUUUAGGGGUCUGUCAAGACACACUGCCGAGAAAGGGGGAAACCACACCGUCUCCUGAGAACGGGGUCUGGGCCCUGUGGCUGCUGAAAGGGAAUGAGUACAUGGUCCUUGCCUCCUCGUCGGUGCCUCUUCUCCUACUGGAAAGUCCUCGCUGCAUUGGGAUAUUCUUGGACUAUGAAGCCGGUGAAAUCUCAUUCUACAACGUCACCAAUGGAUCUUAUAUCUACACAUUCAACCAACUCUUCUCUGGUCGUCUUCGGCCUUACUUUUUCAUCUGCGAUGCAACUCCUCUUAUCUUGCCACCCAUGACAGUAGCAGAGUCGGGAAAUUGGGCAUCCAGGGAUCAUGUAGAUCCUGCUUCUGAUGUAAGAGAUGAUCAUCUCUAAAAUUCUGUUCCCAAGAUGCAGUCCCAGCCUAGCCAGCGUUCCUGGAGUGGGCGAAGGAUAUCAAUAUACUAAGUUUUAACAGAUACCCCCACUUAGGUCAGCACUUGAUUCCUUGUUGCUGUGAAAUAUUUCCAUGGGACAAAAGAGGGAAUAUGCAAUAUUUGCAUAUGGGAAGAUUAUGCAGCAUAACAAUUUUAUAAAUGCAGCAAUCUCAACCUCUAUUUCUAGAUCACAUUUUCUUGAUGAGUCUUCCUUCAAAUUAAUGACCUUGGAUUACAUAAGGAUUUCUAUACCUUCAUUAUAAUUUGUUAUUCCUUUCAACAUCCUUGUAUUCCAAGUCUUCCAUAUAAGAAUUAGACAUGGUAGUUCUUAAACUGAUUCAGAAUGGUCUGAUACUAUUCCAGUAUCACAUCCAUACUUCUGUUUCUCCUCCUUUUCCUGAUUUUUCUUCUCAUUCUCUCCUUCCCCCCUCUAUCUCUCAUUCCCUGUCACUCUCUCUCUCUGUCUCUCUCUUGUUCCUUAUUUUUUGUUUCUUACCUCUUACUGUUUAACCUGUUGCUUCCUUCUAGAUUAAUACAUUUAGAGCCAUUCCUUUAUACAGUCACAUUUCCUAUGACUUUACUCAAUUACUUUUAAAGUCCUUUUUAUUCUGGGACUGAUUUUUAAGAAUUACAAAGCUCAUUCCUCUGAAUCUAAUAUCACUGACUGCUAGACUUUUUCCUUUUCUUUGGAUACCCUUUAGGAAUUUAUCAGAAUUUUCAUUCAACUCGUUCUUUAACGUAGAUAUUUAUUAGUUUUAAGACCUUAAGGCUAGGCGCAGUGACUCAUGCCUGUAAUCCCAGCACUUUGGGAGGCUGAGGUGGGUGGAUCACAAGCUCAGGAGUUCGAGACCAGCCUGGCCAAUAGGUAAAACUCUGUCUCUACU